CCCUUGCUAAUCAUUAAGAGCUCAUUUGGUAACUACGCACUCUAAUACAAUCCCAAGUGAUAAGAAGGCAGGAAAAUAUUUGAAAAUGGCGGUGGGGAGAGCCUUUGUUGUGCGCGCGAGCCACCAGAUGGGGUGCGGCAGGAGGCGGCAGCGUGGGCACAGGAGGCGACGAGGCGAGGCUGGACGCUCACUCCUCCACCACACACCUCCACCGCACCAAAUGGGAGCCUUCCAUCUGUGAAAUUAUGAGCAUGGAAGGAUGUGUUCACCUUUCUGAGUUUAAAUCUACAAAGGGGACGCAGCCCUUCCGCAUCAUCUACAGUUUUUUCGUGUUCUGCACCAGCAAGGCGGCGCGGCAGCAGAAGGCAAAAUGGUGUGUGUGUUCAGUUUGUGCAGCACAUGCGCCCAGAAUCCAUGCUUGCCUUCACUGCAUCCACUUUGCCUGCUACCAGGGCCACAUCCAGGACCACACUACCUCCAUGCAGCACAAUCUUGUCGUGGAUGUGGAGCAGGGCCAGAUUCUGUGUAUGGCGUGUGGCGAUUACGUCUAUGACUCGGAGAUCAGACGCAUCGCUGUCAACUGCAAGGAGAAGGCGCGGCGUUCCCUCGGGUUGAGCACCGAGUACCGGGCGUGGGCGCCGGACUCAGUGGAGAUGACGCUCCUUCAGGCGCAUCCCAAGAGGCGGCGGCCCACUCCUAACUCCACCAUAGGCCUUCGUGGGCUCAUCAACCUGGGUAACACGUGCUUCAUGAGUUGUAUCAUCCAGGCACUCACCCACACACCUCUCCUGAGAGACUACUUCCUCUCAGACAAACACGUGUGUCAGUUCAACAAUGACUCCACGCGCUGCCUCGUCUGUGAGAUCUCGAGGCUGUUUCAGGAGUUCUACAGUGGCAACAAGGCGCCGCUGAUUCUCCACAAGCUCCUGCACCUCAUCUGGACCCAUGCCAGACAUUUGGCGGGCUACGAGCAGCAGGAUGCCCAUGAGUUCUUCAUAGCAGCCCUCGAUGUUCUGCACCGCCACUGCCAGGUACCAACGCUCUCAACUCCAAGAGAAUUUUACUUGAGUGUUCAUGGCAACCCUCCCUCCAAUGGAGACUCUACGCACACAUGUUCCUGUAUCAUAGACCAAAUUUUCACUGGCGGGCUGCAGUCAGAUGUUGUGUGUCAGGCGUGCAAUGGUGUGUCCACUACCAUAGACCCUUUCUGGGACAUUUCCCUGGACCUGGGCCCAUGUCCAUAUGGCACCAGCAAGGCGGACAAAACUGUUCCCACCUCACUGGCAGAUUGUCUAGAGAGGUUCACACGACCAGAACACUUAGGCAGCAGUGCAAAAAUAAAAUGUAAUGGGUGUCAGAGUUACCAGGAGUCUACAAAGCAACUCACUAUGAAAAAGCUUCCUAUAGUUUGUAGUUUUCAUCUAAAGCGCUUCGAGCACAGCAACCGGUUACAUAAAAAGAUCUCCACUUUCAUCUCCUUCCCUGAGCACCUGGACAUGACUCCCUUCAUGUCUAACAGACGCAACAAUAACAACAACCACAAUGGCAUCACUACGCACCCCACCGACAUCAACAACAGGUACUCCCUGUUUGCGGUGGUGAACCACGUGGGGAGCCUGGAUGCCGGCCACUACACAGCGUAUGUGAGGCAGCACCGAGACCAGUGGUACAAGUGUGAUGACCACAUGAUCACCCGCGCCACCAUUCAGGACGUCCUGCAGAGCGAGGGGUACCUCCUUUUCUACCAUAAGCAAAUUUUAGAGUAUGAUUGAAUCUUUCACUGUUGAGCAGUGGAACUUUUUUUCAUUACUAGCCUCCACAAUAAUCUCAGCUGACUCUGAACAAGUCUGACGAGGGGGGGGUUAGCCGAGGGAUAGAGGCUGAGCAGCUUCCUCUUGGCACAGGGGCAGCUCUCGUCACCUCUACAAGUCUGUAAUACAAACACCUACCUGUAUGUAAUUUUAAAGCUAUUUAAGUUAUGGAUUUGGGAAUGUGGUUGACACAGCAUUAUUUUUUGAGUUUUGAAAGAUAUUCCCUAUUUGUGUACACGUAAACAACCACUGUAAGAAAGAAGCUGGUUCUCCUCAUUCCAGGCAAGAACCGCUGGCCAUGAAGGUCACGCAGCGGGACGAUAUUUACUCUACUAGUAUAUGUGUGUGUGGUUUGUAGUGUACUUGCAGACCCCAAGACUCACAUUUUAUCAAACAUUCAGGUUGUUGGUGUUCUUUCCUCUAGCUGCAGGAUUUUCAUAUUAAAGGGAUCAUUAUUGUCUUGGCUUGUCUUCCAUGACUAAACAAAUGGUGACAUGGCUCUAGUCCUCAAUUGUAUACAUUCUUCAGAGGCUUGGGGAGCAUUGCUGAAAGAGUUCAUCAGGUAUUUUCUAAGGUUUUUAUCACAUCCACUGUAAUAGUUUCAUCUUCAGCAUACAAAGCAUCAGGAAGACCUUAAGUGGGGGGGGUGAGCACAGAUCUCAUGUUGCAAGUGUCAUUAUCGAGCCUCUAGCAGAGUUUCAGCUGAGAACUUCAAUGUGGUUACUUUCUUAGGGACGAACCUGCCGGAUGCAUGGUGUCGGUGUUCGUCUCUGCUAAAUAAAUAACCUCAGUCAAGGCAUAAACUGUCGGGAAAGCUUCUAGGAGGGUGACAGAAUAAUGGGGGAAGGGGUAGACUACUGUAACGGUGUUCAGGAUUUAGUAUUCCUGUCUAGCUUGGUCAAGUGAUGUGUUAAGGUAAAGGUUUUCACUUUCAGGUUUCUCAUUCUUGAGGGAAAAACUCGUCUUUUGAAGGUUUGCUUUUGCAUGGGCAAUGUAGCAAUACCAGUGAUUGUUUUUUUUUAUAUAUAUAUAUAUGGAGAAAUUCUCUUAAUAGAUAGGCCCUUUCCAUUAUUUUGCAAGUGGAAAUACUAAGUAAGUUAACAAAAAAUUUAGACUGGCCUCUAGUAAUACUACUUUAAACAUUUAACAGUAUUAUGGGCAUUUUGUAAGGAACUUUAUGUUGUUCACGACGUCCAUGUUGGGCAUGUGUUCUUGAUGCUCUCCUGGAAGACUACUUAAAACUUCAGGUAUUCAAAGCCAAAGUGUGUAAAUUGAGGCCAUAUUGCAUUGCUGUAUUUCUUCCAAUCUUGCGUACAACUUUGCAUCAUUCACGAAAAGGAAAUAAGGUAUUACUGGUGUUUGUGUUGACUGGUCUGUGAGGCUGCAUUGCUGAAGAAGGCAGUACAGUGCUGCUCCCUCCUUGUACCUGGCAUCUUUCCAUUUACUACAGUUGCACAAAAGGUUUAGCAAAUAUGGCCUUGGAAUAUGGCCUUCAGAAUAUCUCACAAGUAAGGACAAGGUGCUCUAGCAUGGCCUUCUUGUUUAACGUCUAGCACAGGAUGCUGCUAGCAUUGUCCCACCUCCACGAGGCCGCAGCCAACAUACUGUCCGCAUGUAUGGGAAACUAUUUUGUGUGUUAGUGUCGUCAAGUAUGGUAUUUAUAUAAUUUUUGUUGACAGUGACUGCAGAAAAAGGCAUAUGUAUGUGGCAUAUGUUACUGAUUGUGCAGUGAGCAGAUGCCUGGAAAGUCUGCCAAUCCAUUUACGUUCUGGGUCCUGUAUAAUAAGCUAGGAAACCUGCCGGCAUCAUUGCGUGCAAUCCUCUAGGACUGUAAGUAGGCUUUUGUACUCUUUUGUAAUAGCCUGUGGGUAGGUAGUUAUUUUUAUUCAAAUUAAUACCUUUUGCACAGGACAUACUUCAGAAUGUUAGGUGCUCUUUCACACAACAUAAGUAAUUUAACAGCCAAUCAAAUACCAUGUCAUAAGAAUCAUGUCUGUCACUCCUGGGCAGGGUGAUGCUUUUCAUCUGCUGGAUCAUCUUCCUGAGAAUUAGGCUUUGGUUGGGAAGCUCCUUCAUCUCUAGGUCUUUGUGAGCAUCUGUGGGUUCAACUCUCCUGGGAAACUGGAUUGCUUGCUGAACCUGGUCAAGUGAGUGAGUGCUUGGGGAAAUAUGCAAGGGACUUCAAGUAAUAACCAGUAGUAAUAUGUGUAAUCUAAAAGUUGUAGGGAGUAUGUUAUUAAAUUAUCACUGCUCUGUGUGGAGAAGUAACUGCUGCACUGGAUUGCCCUUAUGUGUGUCUCCAUGCAUCACACAUUCACUGUUAGUUCAACCUAUUAUUCUUUAAACUUAACUCAUUCCUUGCAAUAAAAUUAAGACUCUUGUAGGUCAGUGUGAAUGGUGUUAUUUUUUUAUUUAUUUAUUUUAUUUAUUUUUUUGCAAAAGGACACCCAUUUUGGUUUAUCUUGAAGAUAUUUUUUUCCAGACUUAAUUUGACACACCGUAUGUCAUACUAACGAAACACCAAUGAAAAAUGUUUGUUAGAAAAAGCUCUUCUUGUUUAUUUUCAUAGAGGUUAUUCAUAAGGAAACAAAACACAAAAUUGUGGUGUGCCUGUUUGUAAAAAAAUAUCUCUUACCUACAAAACUUAACAUGAUCUAGUCUACACCUCUUCCUGAAUCCAUCAUAAAAAUAUAUAUCAGAAUACCGUAGAAAAAAAAUCAUUCAUGUGUUGUUGAAUUUAGUUUUGGAAAUACAUUAUGUUUUAUUACUUGCAUUACAUUCUUCACACCGUGUGCUCAUUGCAUGGAGCUCACCUUUCACAUAAUGGGGAUCUAGUGCAUAGAAACUCUUCACUCUCCUUAUUCUGAUCCUUUUAUUAAGCCAUGGAGCUGCUGUAUUGAAACUGCAGCAUAUUGUUCUCAUUAUGUCAAGAAUGUAAAGAGGUCGCACAAGUCUACAGGAAUUGUAUUAUUUUUUUCUGUGUGCGUGAAGUUUGAUAAGCAUUCCCAUGUUGUAAAAUCUGUUACAGUAUUGAGGAUACUUAGAUGCAGUUGGAGCACACUUGGAAAAGCCAUAAACAGGUUUUAUAAAAGAUUUCCUAUACAUUUUUGUUCAGCACCAUUGUAUGUGGCUGGAUGAUUUUCUGUUCGGUAGUUCAUAGGAGAGUUGGGGCGUAAUUAAUCUGUAAAAGUCUUCUAUUGUUUGGUGAAAAGGUGAAAGGCUAUUUAAUUUCAUGGUUGGGUAUUAUAAGUAUUCUUUCGUGAAGUUCCAUGAGUAAAUAUUUAGGGAUGAUGAUUUUUGGCUUGCUGUAAAUGCUGUUCCUAAAAAUUACUACACAUGUAGAUGGAUAUACAUCUGAUUUUGUGUAUAAAAGGUAAUUUUUCUACACAUUUCACAAAUACUGCAGUUUGUACCAUUACAGCAUAAGCUACAUACACAGCUUCACUUGAGGACCUCAAUGUCGAACCUUUCAUUGGAAGUUUGGUUGUUUCUUUACAGUGAUCUGAUGUUCUGCCAUUUUUUUUUUUUUUUUUUUUUUUAUGGUUAUGUAUUCAUAGAUCGAUUCUCUUUCCUGCAUAGAAGCAAACACGUUAGGUUUAAAGUCUGGAGUAGAACAAAUAAUACCUACGGAGAUGCAACUCCCUCGUCACAAAACAACGCUCAUCACAUUCUUUCAUUACGUUCUCCUGUAUCAAAAGCUGAUCUGAUCGUUUAUCUGUCUGUGUCCAAAAUGUUACAUAUCAUUUUGAGAAGUAUGAUUUACUCGUGUGAUUGUUCUUAUAAGGCUGGCAAGGGAAUGUCAUUGGGGCACAACACUGUUUGCAACACUAAUCCAAGGAUAAGAUGUGAGCUAUCCUGUAGAUUUGACGUAAUCUGUGGUGGCAUGCAUGGGGGUGUCAGACUGUGUGUAAGGCUAUUUAAAAUAAAGUGAGGUAAUGUAGUGGUGUAGGGUGUGUGUGUGUGUGCGCGCACGUGCGUGCAUGCAUGCGUGUGCACUUCAGUAUGAGUGUGAAUGUUUUUUUUAUUUGUGUAGAAGUUUGGUUUUUACUUUUUUUUUUUUUUUUUUUUUUUUUUUUUUUUUUUGAGUAUAUCAUUAUCUGUGGUUUGGAAGGAGCUCUUGAAUGCAAAAGUUUUGAUGUCCACUGAAAGAUUUAUUUUGGUUGUGAAAUCAUUGUGUUAAAUUUGAAUGAAUUGUAAAUACUACUGUGUUUAGUGAUUAAUCAUUGUGUUUUGUAACGAUUGGCUGAGUGAUGUGUGGAGGAGUGUGUGCAAGCCUGUGUAUGUCUGAGUGUGUGAAGAGUGUGUGUGUGUGUGAAUUGGUAUGUGCUGUGGCUGUGGAGUGUAUGUAGCCUUAACCUAUACCACAUGACCAGCCACUAUCUGUGAUACUUGGCAGGGUACAGGUCCCUGCCUUCAUGUCAUGGCUCAGUCUCAAUAAAGUUAAGUCACAGUCC